UCAUAAAAGAAAGGAAGAAGAAAAAAGAAGAAGAAUGAGCGCACGGGAUUAGUCUUGACUCGAUUAUUAAAUAGUUAUGCAGGCAGAAUUGUAAUAUUUCACAGACUCCACCUAUAAUUGAAAAUACACCUUUAUGUAAGACACUGCUUUUGUACAGGGCGCGUCUUCUGGGCUAUAGCUAGGACUUUUUGGUGAUAAUUCACCUUUAUCCGGUGGGUCAAACGCCAGAGCCAUGUAUUCAGAACGCUGCGCAGUCACCGUCCAAUGAGAUACGCAGUUGACGAGCGGAACAACUCCGUCAUUUUGACUGCUGAACUACAAGUCGGAGCAAGUCGGACAAAGAAUCGCACAUUUUAAACCUCUCGCCGAGUUCAGGCUUCUGUGGACAGAGUGUGCGGUGCUUGACGGACAUUACAUUACUAUGCUGAAAGAAGAUUGUUUGGUGGCGAUUGUGUAUUUGACUUUUGUAGUCCGUUUCCUGUUCAACGUCAACUUUUGUCAAACCUAGCGUAACGUACAGCAAUAUGACAAAGAUAACAGUUACAGUGCGUGCUCUUCUAUCCCAGUGAAAACGCCAGCAGAGACAGGAUGUUUAGUCUCACUGAAGUUGCCUCCCUUAAUGACAUCCAGCCAACCUACCGUAUUCUGAAACCAUGGUGGGAUGUGUUCAUGGAUUAUAUUGGGGUGAUAAUGUUGAUGUUAGCCAUCUUUUCUGGGACUAUGCAGUUAUCUAAAGACCAAGUGGCAUGUCUUCCCAUUCUUGAGGAAAGCACAAACCCUGAGGCAGCACAAAAUCAACCAGAAUGUUCCGCAUCAGUUCUGACGACUGCACCCACAACCACUAAAGACCUUCCUGACAGCAUUGCACAUGAACUUCUUAGCACUCAAUCUACCCCUUUAAAAGUAGAGGGUAUGAAGUCUCAACCUGAACCCAGAGGACGUAAAACAAACCUGGACUAUCAGCAGUAUAUUUUUGUCAACCAAAUGUGCUACCAUGAUGCCCUACCAUGGUAUAACAAAUACUUUCCUUACCUUGCCCUCAUACACACCAUAAUGCUGAUGGUAAGCAGCAAUUUUUGGUUCAAGUACCCAAAGACCAGCUCAAAGAUUGAACACUUUGUUUCCAUUUUGGGACGAUGCUUUGAAUCGCCAUGGACGACGAAAGCUUUGUCCGAAACCGCUUGUGAAGAUUCUGAGGAAAACAAGCAAAGGUUCACAGGUGGUUCGGUUUACAAAAAACAUGUAUCCUCAGAGGACAGCAGUCAGUCUACUCCUUUAAUGGAAACUCCAACGGUGCAGUUUCCUACCGAAAAGCUCAUUGCAGAAGCUCCCAGCCUGACCACCUUAGACAAAAAAGAUGGAGAACAAGCCAAGGCUCUUUUUGAGAAAGUGCGAAAAUUUCGAGCUCACAUCGAAGACAAUGACUUCAUCUACAAACUCUAUGUGGCUCAGACAGCAAUAAAAGCACUAAAGAUCAUUUUGAUUUUGAGCUAUACAUCAACGUUUGCCUCAAAGAUCAGUUUCUGCCAUAUAUGCCAACCUAAAAUUGAAAGUUUGACCGGGUAUGAUCAAUUCAUUUGCACGCACAACAUGGCAUUCAUGUUAAGGAAACUUCUCUUCACCUUCAUGGCUAUGAUAUGUCUCUAUGGCCUGGUGUGUUUGUAUACACUCUACUGGCUCUUCAGGAGACCUCUUAAGGAGUACUCUUUUGAAAAAGUCAGAGAGGAAAGUAGCUUUAGUGAUAUUCCUGAUGUCAAGAAUGACUUUGCGUUUCUCCUACACAUGGUCGACCAAUACGAUCAGCUGUACUCCAAGCGAUUUGGUGUAUUUCUCUCCGAAGUCAGUGAGAACAAACUACGAGAAAUUAGCCUUAACCACGAGUGGACGUUUGAAAAACUGCGUCAGCAUGUGACAUCCAAUGCUCAAGAUGAACAAGAACUUCACCUCUUUAUGCUGUCAGGACUCCCUAAUGCUGUAUUUGACCUCACCGAUCUGGAAAUCCUCAAGUUAGAGCUUAUUCCUGAGGUCAGAAUUUCUGCCAAAGUUUCUCAGAUGACCAACCUACGGGAACUACAUCUAUAUAACUGCCCUGCUAAAGUCGAACAAUCCGCUUUCACUUUUCUCCGCGACCACCUGCGAUGCCUUCACAUUAAGUUUACUGAUGUUGCAGAAAUCCCAACGUGGAUUUAUCUUUUGAGGAGCCUCAAGGAACUGAACCUGAUUGGGAACCUGAACUCUGAACACAACAAGAUGAUUGGUUUGGAGUCACUGAGAGAUCUGAGACACUUGCGGACAUUGUAUCUCAAAAGCAAUCUUAACAAAAUACCCACAAAUCUAACAGAACUGUCGGCACAUCUCGUCAGACUGGUGAUUCACAAUGAUGGGACUAAAUUACUGGUACUGAACAGUCUCAAGAAGAUGACCAGCCUAGUGGAUUUGGAUCUCCAGAACUGUGAUUUGGAGAGGAUCCCCCAUGCCAUCUUUAGCUUGGCUAACUUGCAAGAACUGGACUUGAAGAAUAACAAUAUCCGGACCAUUGAGGAAAUCAUCAGCUUUCAGCACCUGAGAAGAUUGGUGUGCCUCAAGCUGUGGUACAACAAGAUCAGUGCCAUUCCACCAUCGAUAGGCCUAGUAAAGAGUCUGGAGUCCCUCAUUAUCUGUCACAAUAAACUGGAGACCCUUCCUCCAGCUUUGUUUCAUCUGCCCAAACUGAGGCACAUUGACCUCAGCAACAACUCCAUCUCAAGUAUACCAGUGGAGAUUGGACACCUUCACAACCUUCAACAUUUUGCUAUCACAGGGAACAAGGUAGAAGUUCUGCCUAAUCAACUGUUUAAAUGUUCCAAACUGAAGGUUUUAUUUGUGGGUCAUAACAGCAUCACCUCCAUCCCAGAGUCCAUUGGGCAGUUAGUUCAGCUGUCCCAACUUGAGCUCAAAGGGAACUGCUUAGAUUGCCUUCCAUUUAAGCUUGGCCAGUGUCACCUUCUUCGGAAAAACCACCUCUUCGUGGAGGAUCAUCUUUUUGACACACUGCCUCUUGAGGUCAAGGAAAGUAUCAGUAGUGACUAAUGGAGCACUUCAGAAUGGAUAUAACCAUUAUUGGUGAUAAUUCGCUCUUAUUGGUAGAUGACAAUAUAAUCAAACUAGCCAAAAAUAUUUAACAAAUGAAUGUGCAAGAGGCCUCCUAAUAUGUCAUCAACAUAUGGUCUAGAAAUGGGCCUCAAAGACAGGAAACACUUGUUGCAAAAUAUAACAGGAACGUUGCAGAUAACAGGAUUGUGUUUGCUUCUGUUUGCCUAUAAGCGGGUAUGUUUAGUUUAAAUUAUGUUCUGUUACACAUUUACAUGUGUAUUGUUAUUUAUAUUCAUUUAAGUUACUAUUUAAUAUGCAGACUGAUGUGUAUUUUAAAAAGACAG